AUGUCAUACCAAAGACAAUCACCUCAAAUACGAUCACGACCAUCACAGCAACAACAACAACAACAACAACAACAACAACCACCACCAUCCAAUUCAGCUUCUUAUCAUCAAUCAAGACCCCAUAACUUGGUUCAAACUUUAUCACCUACUCAUUCUCCACUUCAUCCUACUUCUCAUUAUCAAUCACCUAUCACUCCUACUUCUUUAUCAUCUUCUCCAAACUCAAUCAUCAAACAUCAGAAUCUAAUCCAACAACCUACUAUCAAACAACCUAAUAAUCUAUCAAGAGCUAAAACUUUAACUAGACCUGAACGUCAUGUGAAUCCAACUCCACUCAUCAAUUCAAACCUUUCAGCUGGUUUCUCAAACAAUCCUAAUCAAUCUCAAUCUCAAUCUCAAUCUUGGUAUCAUCCUUGGCCACUCUAUGUUAGACUGUUAUCAUUUCCUAUACCUUCAUGCUUAUUAUCAACUUGUGGUAUACCCGAUCCAAUCGCUCAACAAGCUUGGCGUGAAAAAUUAGCAUUAUGUUCAAUUGCUCUAUUAGCUGGUCUUUUUACUGCUUUUGUAUCUCGGAGUCGAGCUUUCAAUGCCACUGAAGCUAUCUCAACUCGAUCUUUAAUUUCACAAGAACUUAUCGGUCAAGAUAUCACUUCACUCUUUGAUCAUUCUCAUCAAACCUUUCAAGCUUGUCAAGGUUUUGAACAAAGACAGUUUGUCACCUCUAAUCUUUGUGCAAACUUAACUCAUCCAACUUCAACUUGUCUCUUACCUCAACUUAACCCUCACACAUUACAAACUCUCAGAUUACAAAACACAUCACGUCAAACUUCAACUAAACCGAUCCCUACCGAUCUAGUCGAUUCAGCUAUCAGAUUGAUGUUAUCAAAUCCAAAACUCAUGGGUCAAGAUGCUACCAGAUUAUUUUCAAAUUCAAUCGAACUUCGAAACGUUUCACCUUGUUUACAAGCCAGAUUUAGAUCAGGAGCCAUUGAUAAGAUUACUCCAGGUUGUUUUGCUUCUCAAUUAUUUCUUUAUGUUUCAUUGGUGGUCAUCCUAGGAGUCGUCAUGGUUCGAUUCAUCAUGGCGAUCUUCUUUAGUUGGUUUAUUUCUGAUCGACUCAUCAAACCACCUCGGAAUCUUAGACGUAAAGGUUUAAGUCCAGCUGUCUUACCGGCUGGUGCUAAUCUAAGUUUAAGUCAUUCAAAUGGUCAUGCUCCUUGGGUCAACACUUUACAAUCACCACCACCAUCAUCAAAAUCGAAACCGACUUUAUCAGAAAAAACUUCAUUAUUAACAGGACCUAAAGCCAACCAAAGAAAUCUGAAUCCGAAACCAAGACCUAAAUCAGUUAAUCCAGUGGAUUCGAAUGGAUUAAUUAAUUUAGCUUCGAUUGGUGCUGAAUUAUUUUGUGUUUGUUUGGUGACAUGUUAUUCAGAAGGAGCCGAAGGGAUAGGCAAAACUCUGGAUUCCAUUGCCGGUUCAGAUUAUGCUGAUAGUCGAAAGUUAUUGUUUAUCGUUUGUGAUGGGAUGAUCACCGGUCAUGGUGAAAAACUUUCAACACCUGAUAUUUGUGUUUCGAUGAUCGAACCUGAUCCUAGGUUUUCAGAUCCAAUGCCUAUGAGUUAUCAUGCUGUUGCUUCUGGUUCUAAAGAACACAAUCAGGCUAUGGUUUAUGCUGGUCAUUAUAUCUCUAGUUUAAAAACGAGUUGGCUAAUGAUUGAUACAUAUCCAACAGCUAGAGUCAAGGGACAUCGUACACCAGUGAUUGUGGUGGUGAAAUGUGGUACAGCAGAAGAAGGUAGAAUAGAAAAGAAACCAGGAAACAGAGGCAAACGAGAUUCCCAAAUGAUCUUGAUGAAUUUCUUUUCCAGAGUGACUUAUAAUGAUCGAAUGAGUCCAUUAGAUUAUGAUUUGUUUAGAAAGAUUCAAGCUUUGAUGGGAGUCACACCUGAUUUCUUUGAAGUUUGUUUAAUGGUAGAUGCAGAUACGACCGUAGGGAAAGAUUCGAUUACUCAUCUAGUCAACUGUAUGCAACAUGAUCCUUAUAUUAUGGGAGUCUGUGGUGAAACGAGAAUAGCCAACAAACGGGCCACUUGGGUGACCACCAUUCAAGUUUUCGAAUAUUAUAUUUCACAUCAUCUUGCAAAAGCAUUCGAAUCGGUCUUUGGAGGAGUAACUUGUUUACCAGGAUGUUUUUCAAUGUAUAGAUUAAAAGCUAGAAGAUCGAAUGAAUCAGAUUGGAUUCCAAUCUUAUCACAACCUGAGAUUUGUAGAGAAUACAGUCAAUCGACCGUUACUACCUUACAUCAAAAGAAUUUAUUAUUAUUAGGUGAAGAUCGGUUCUUGACUACCUUGAUGAUCAGAACGUUUCCAUCUAGAAAGAUGAUGUUCUGUCCACAAGCUAAAUGUCGAACGGUCGUACCCGAAGAAUUUAAAGUAUUAUUAUCACAACGUAGAAGAUGGAUUAAUUCAACGAUUCAUAACUUGAUGGAAUUAGUUAGAGUUCCUAACCUCUGUGGUACCUUUUGUUUUUCCAUGCAAUUCGUCGUCUUUAUGGAACUCACCGGUACAAUCGUCUUACCGAUCGCUAUUUCCUUAACCUAUUCUUUGGUCAUCAAUUCGAUCAUCAAUCCUCCGAGAAACUUUGCUGAUGCGAUCCCAUUGAUCUUAUUGGCCGCUAUCUUGGGUUUACCGGCUAUCUUGAUCUUGAUGACUAGUAGGAAUAUUUCUUAUGUGCUUUGGAUGUUGAUCUAUUUGGUGGCUUUACCUGUUUGGAAUUUUGUUUUACCUCUUUAUGCUUUUUGGCAUUUUGAUGAUUUUUCGUGGGGUGAAACAAGAAAAGUUGAAGGUGAUGGAAAAGGAGGACAUGAUCAUUCACAAAAUGGUAAUGAUCAAAUCGAUUCAGAUUUAAUUCCAUUAAGAAGAUGGGAAGAUUGGGAAAGAUCAAGAUUGAAAAAGAUUAAAAGAGAAGAAAGACGUAAAAAAGAAUUCGAAAGAGCCUUUGGAGUUAGACAAUUUCAUUCGAAUUAUAAUCAUAGUGAAUUAGGUGGAACCGAUACGAUCUCUGUUGUUUCAUCUGAUGAUGAUAGAUGGGGUAUGAAUAUUGGAAAUUAUGAUGGAAACCAUCAUCAUCAUCAUCAUCAUCAUACUUCAACUACAUCAGGUGGAAGUUUUGGUCCACCGCCUGUUGGAUUAUAUGAAGUUUCUAAUGAAGAUGGUGUAAGUGUGGUAGAUGGAAAUGAAUUAGAAAUGAUGUUAGAAACAGGUUGGGAUGAACCUAUAAUUUCUGAUCAUCAUCAUUCUGUACUUGAUUCAUAUCAUUCUCCAAACCAACUUCAACAUCAACAUCAAAGAUCACCAAGACAAUUGAAUGAAGAAAGUCCAAUGGGAUAUUCCAAUGAGUUUAAACCCAAUGGAUCAUCUUUAAAACUUUUAGAUCAAGAUGAUGAACCUUAUUGA